AAAAAUUUUACAAAAUUUUUUCAGCCACAGAUGGAAAUGGACUGAAUUUACUGAAGCAUACCAUCGAGCAAUUUGGGGUCUCUUCAGAAUGUGAAUCCCUGCUGUGUUGUCUACCAACUUCGACACUUGCUGAAGAAGAUGCAGGGUUCAGUCAUUCAAGCUGAAUUUGUUGAAGAUGCCUCCCUCCUCGCACACGUGCUCUGCCGCCCGACUCCGGCGCCCUCCCUUCCUUAUCCUUCCGGACCCUGUUCCGUUCGUCUGUAUCCCGCAGCGAGGAGUGGAGAGGCGCUUGCUUGAUUCGCUGCAUCUGAGUAUCACGGCCGCGACUCCGGCGCCUCCCGCCGCCGCAGCACGGCCACGACGGAGGACUCGUAACGCUCGCUUCCCCGCCGCCGCCCACGAAGUAUCCCAGCGCUCGCCGCGGCCUGUCCGCUAUGGCCGCAGCCCGGAGGCGAGGCGGAGGGAGGGCCCACCCGGGGAUUUCUUCGAGUACAUGGAGCGCUUGCGCAACUAUGAGCACUCGGUGUCUCGCGGCGGCGCCGGCAACGACUCCGACGACGGCUUCGACGUCGGCAGCAUGCGCCUCUUCGUCCGUCAGCUCGGUGACCCCGACACCCACUGCGCGGUUUUUACUGCUCCUGCAUUUCUUCUAUUGUCACAAGAAAACGUUGACACUGACAUAAUCAAAGAGCUCCUUCUACUCGGGUCGAUGUGGCCGCGGCUUCUUGGAUCGGCUCGCUGUGGUUCCGUGUCCAGGUCCAGAUCAAUGGUCGUCGGACGUCCUGUUCACUUGAGGUUUAAUAAGUCUUUUCAUAAAGACACUGGGACGUCCAGACAGAUGCUGAAUUCAUGGCUGGGUCCACGAGCUCCAUGUGCAAGAAUAGACAGAGGAGAAAGCAACAAGAGCAACGUGAGGGACAAUAAUUGAGUAAACAGGGAAGCAAGGACAAUAAUUUCUGCCCUGCAAUUUCGGUGGCACCAGCUGGAACCCGACCUCACUGCAUGAGUCAGGUGAUUUCACACUGUGACAUGAUUUCAAGCAAGGUUAACAAGGUCCUGGAGAAGCUUUAAUAUGAGUUCAAAUAACUGAAACGGAAUUACAACAUUUGUCAGAGUGUCAGUUGAUUUCUUUGCUUCAAGGGGGAAUUCAGCUUGUGCAAACACAAGCUGAAAUUCAGGAUUGAAUUGCUGUAGUUCAUAGCAAUCCAUCUUUUGUAAAAGCUAAUCCAUCUUUUGUAAAAGCUAAUCCAUCUUUUGAAGCUGUAAGGUAGGAUCCAUGCUCUGUUUCACACUCGACUCGAGUGCUGUAAAAAAAAAAGUUCAGAAAUAUCUAGCCUCAUAUGCAA